AGAUUUCAGACCGGAGUCAGCAAUCACGGGUGUUUAGUCUGCAGCCGAGCAGAGAAAGGGAGAACGGAUUGCCCGGGAAAGCAUCGCCGCAGACCCUGGCGAAGAGCUGCCAUCCUUGGAUCCAGUUCCAGCGGGGCGAAGGCGCACAGCAGACGAUCUUCUGUCUGGAGAGGAUACCCAUCGCCUAGCUAGGCGAGCCUUGGAAUCCGCGCGGAGAAACGCUGGAAGUCGCCACACGGUGUGUAAAAAACAAAAGUUUUGCGAGCUGUUAUUUGCUGUGCUGGGUUCUUAGGAGACGCUUUUAAGUUGGAACAAUCAAAGAUAGCGUAUCUUUGACUUGUGAAAAGAAGUUGGGGGCAUUGAUUUGCUGCUAUAACUUGCUCUUGUAAAGGGACUUUCAUAAACUGGCCAAUGCACCAAAUGGAUACUAAAAUGCACUUUAGGUUUGCGUUUGCACUCCUGAUGAUAUCUUUCAACCUCUGUGUCCUGGGCAAGAAUUUAAAAUACAGUGUUUAUGAGGAACGGGCCAUUGGAUCAGUAAUUGCAAGACUAUCAGAGGAUGUGGCUGAUGUUUUGUCGAAGCUACCUAAUCCUUCUGCCGUUCGCUUUCGAGCCAUGCAAAGGGGAAAUUCUCUUCUGGUCGUCAAUGAGAGUAACGGGGAAAUCAGCAUAGGGGCUACCAUUGACCGGGAACAGCUGUGCCAGAAAAACUUGAACUGUUCCAUAGAGUUUGAUGUGAUCACUUUACCCACAGAGCAUCUGCAGCUUUUUCAUAUAGAAGUGGAAGUGCUGGAUAUUAAUGAUAAUUCUCCCCAGUUCUCCAGAUCUGUCAUCCCUAUUGAGAUAUCUGAGAGUGCAGCCGUUGGGACGCGCAUUCCCCUGGACAGUGCAUUCGAUCCAGAUGUUGGGGAAAAUGCCCUCCACACAUACUCCCUCUCUGCCAAUGACUUUUUUAAUAUCGAGGUUCGGACCAGGACGGACGGAGCCAAGUAUGCAGAACUCAUAGUGGUCAGAGAGUUGGAUCGGGAGCUGAAGUCAAGCUAUGAGCUUCAGCUCAACGCCUCGGACAUGGGAGUGCCUCAGAGGUCUGGCUCGUCCAUUCUGAAAAUCAGCAUUUCUGACUCUAACGACAACAGUCCUGCGUUUGAACAACAGUCUUACCUAAUACACCUCUUAGAAGACUCUCCCGUGGGCACUCUGCUCCUGGAGCUGAAUGCCACUGACCCAGAUGAGGGCGCUAAUGGGAAAAUUGUGUAUUCUUUCAGCAGUCAUGUGUCUCCCAAAAUUAUAGAGACUUUUAAAAUUGAUUCGGAAAGAGGACAUUUGACGCUUUUCAAGCAAGUGGAUUAUGAACUCACCAAAUCAUAUGAAAUUGAUGUUCAGGCCCAAGAUUUGGGUCCAAACUCAAUUCCAGCUCAUUGCAAAAUUAUCAUUAAGGUUGUGGAUGUGAAUGACAAUAAGCCUGAAAUUAACAUAAACCUCAUGUCCCCAGGAAAAGAAGAAAUAUCUUACAUAUUUGAAGGGGAUCCUAUUGACACAUUUGUUGCCUUGGUCAGGGUCCAGGACAAGGAUUCUGGGUUGAAUGGAGAAAUUGUUUGUAAACUUCAUGGUCAUGGUCACUUUAAACUUCAGAAGACUUAUGAAAACAAUUAUUUAAUCUUGACCAAUGCCACACUGGAUAGAGAAAGGAGAUCUGAAUAUAGUUUGACUGUAAUCGCUGAAGACAAGGGGACACCUAGUCUUUCCACAGUCAAACAUUUUACCGUUCAAGUCAACGACAUAAAUGACAAUCCACCCCACUUUCAGAGGAGCCGGUAUGAAUUUGUAAUCUCAGAGAAUAACUCACCAGGGGCAUAUAUUACCACCGUUACAGCUACCGAUCCUGAUCUUGGAGAAAAUGGCCAAGUGACAUACACCAUUCUGGAGAGUUUUAUCUUGGGUAGUUCCAUAACCACCUAUGUCACUAUUGACCCAUCCAAUGGAGCCAUCUAUGCCCUCAGGAUCUUUGACCAUGAGGAAGUGAGUCAGAUCACUUUUGUGGUUGAAGCAAGGGAUGGAGGAAGUCCGAAGCAACUUGUAAGCAAUACCACCGUGGUACUCACCAUCAUUGAUGAAAAUGACAACGUCCCUGUGGUUAUAGGGCCUGCACUGCGCAACGAUACAGCAGAAAUCUCCAUCCCUAAAGGAGCUGAAAGUGGAUUUCUUGUCACAAGGAUACGGGCAAUUGACAGAGACUCUGGGGUGAAUGCUGAACUCAGCUGCUCCAUAGUAGCAGGUAAUGAGGAGAAUAUAUUUGUAAUUGAUCCACGAACAUGUGACAUCCAUACCAAUGUGAGCAUGGAAUCUUUUCCCUACACAGAAUGGGAACUUGCUGUUAUCAUCCAGGACAAAGGCAAUCCUCAGCUGCAUACCAAAGUCUUUCUGAAAUGCAUCAUCUUUGAACACGCAGAGUCAGUGACAAGUACAGCCAUGACCUCAGUAAGCCAGGCAUCUUUAGAUGUCUCCAUGAUUAUAAUUAUUUCCUUAGGAGCAAUUUGUGCAGUGUUGUUGGUCAUUAUGGUAUUGUUUGCGACAAGGUGUAACAGAGAAAAGAAAGACACUAGAUCCUACAACUGCAGAGUGGCUGAAUCGACCUACCAGCACCAUCCAAAAAGACCGUCUAGACAGAUACACAAAGGUGACAUCACACUGGUACCCACCAUCAACGGCACUUUGCCCAUCAGAUCACAUCACAGAUCGUCUCCAUCUUCAUCUCCGACCUUAGAAAGAGGGCAGAUGGGCAGCCGGCAGAGUCACAACAGCCACCAGUCGCUCAACAGUUUGGUGACAAUCUCAUCAAACCACGUGCCAGAGAAUUUCUCCCUAGAACUCACGCACGCCACUCCUGCUGUUGAGCAGGUUUCUCAGCUCCUUUCAAUGCUUCAUCAGGGACAAUAUCAGCCAAGGCCAAGUUUUCGAGGCAACAAAUACUCCAGGAGCUAUAGGUAUGCCCUUCAAGACAUGGACAAGUUCAGCUUGAAGGACAGUGGACGUGGUGACAGUGAAGCAGGAGACAGUGAUUAUGAUUUGGGGCGAGAUUCCCCAAUAGAUAGACUACUGGGAGAAGGCUUCAGUGACCUGUUCCUUACAGAUGGAAGAAUCCCUGCAGCCAUGAGGCUGUGCACGGAAGAAUGCAGAGUCCUGGGACACUCGGACCAGUGCUGGAUGCCACCUCUGCCCUCGCCGUCCUCUGACUACAGGAGCAACAUGUUCAUUCCGGGCGAGGAGUUCCCCACCCAGCCCCCGCAGCAGCCCGCACACCUGAGCCUCGACGAGGAAGCUUCACCUGCAGAGUGUGGAGGCGAAAAAAAGAAGAGCUUUUCCACUUUCGGGAAGGACGCCCCGAGCGACGAGGACGCGGCGGACACCAGCACCUCGUCUCUGCUCUCGGAGAUGAGCAGCGUGUUUCAGCGUCUGCUGCCGCCCUCGCUGGACACCUACGCCGAGGGCAGCGACGCCGAACGGGCUAACUCGCUGGAGCGCCGCAAGGGACCGCUGGCGGCCAAGGGCGCGGGCUACCCGCAGGGCGUGGCGGCCUGGGCGGCCAGCACGCACUUCCAAAACCCCGCCAGCAGCUCGGGGCCCGCGCUGGGCGCGCACUCCAGCGUGCAGCCCUCGUCCAAGUGGCUGCCGGCCAUGGAGGAGAUCCCGGAGAACUACGAGGAAGAUGACUUUGACAAUGUGCUCAACCACCUGAGCGACGGGAAGCACGAACUCAUGGACGCCAGCGAGCUGGUGGCGGAGAUCAACAAACUGCUGCAGGAUGUGCGCCAGAGCUAGGAGCCUCCUGCAGGGCCAGUUCCCUGUCGGUUGAAAUGGGGGUUAGGAACAACCCGGGGUAGAACUGGUGUUGCCAAAUCGUUGCAUUUAUCAUAAAUGUGUCUGUGUAUAUGGAAUAUGAAAUACUGUAUUUUCGUAUGUACACAA